GAUGAGGGUAGAAUAAAAGCAACAGGGGAAAGCACUGUAACUUUAAAGCUGCUGUAACAUUUGAGCAGUGUAGUGUAAAAAUAGCACAUUGGAUUCCUUUUUUUUUCUUUUUUUUGUUUUCUUUUACUGUUGGAUUGUUUUCUUGCAGCAAAUAUUCCAGAAGGACACCUGGCGACAGUUUAAAAUAUGGCACAGAUUUUUUUAAAUACACGUUUUAGGUGGACUGAUAUCUUGAGGUUGGCGUGCGUUUUUUGUUUCGUUGGAUGUGCGGGUUGCUACAAUUUGGAUGUGGAACAUUCUAUGGCUUUUCGCGGGCCAAAUGGUUCUUUAUUUGGAUAUUCAGUUUCAUUGCACAGCCAUGGAAAUCAAAAAUGGGUCUUAGUGGGAGCUCCAGUGGCAAAUUCAACUUUCAACCCUUCCAUCGCAAACCCCGGUGCGGUUUACAAAUGCAACAUCAAAAACACGUUUAAGGAUUGUGAGCAGCUAUCAAUGGGAAGUGAAAAGGAAGUCCAGUGUGGAAAGACAUGCCAAGCAGAGAGAGAUAACCAGUGGUUUGGUGUUAGUUUAUCCAGACAACCCCAAACUGAUGGGUAUAUUGUGGCAUGUGGACAUCGCUGGAAAAACAUUUUUUACACGCAUAGAGAUCAGCAAAAUAAACUACCCAAUGGUGUUUGCUACAAGAUUCAACCAGACUUAAACUCCAGCAGUCAGCCAAUGACUCCAUGUUAUAUAGAUCACCAACGAAAAUUUGGUGACAGGUAUGGCUCUUGUCAAGCUGGGAUGUCUAAUUUCCUAAUGGAGGACUUGAUUGUUAUUGGAGCCCCUGGAUCUUUUUACUGGACAGGUUCUGUUUUAGUGUAUAACACAUCCGACAACACAUUAUGUGCGUACGUCGAUGAUGAAAACGAAGUCCUUUAUGGAAGCUACCUAGGAUAUUCUGUUGGUGCUGGACACUUCAUUAACCCACAGGGCACUGAAGUUGUAGGAGGGGCACCCCAGCAUGGGCAGACUGGUAAAGCCUAUAUCUUCAAAUAUGAGUCCAAUUAUUUGUCAAUAGUUUUUAAAGCAAGCGGCAAGAAGCUCGGUUCCUAUUUUGGUUCUUCUGUCUGUGCUGUUGACCUCAAUUCAGAUGGGCUGUCUGACUUACUGGUUGGGGCUCCAAUGUACAGCACUGUAAGGGAGGAAGGAAGAGUUUACAUUUAUAUGAACCUGGGCAAUGCUGAUAUGAAGGAGCUAGAUUUUGAAUUAGCGGGGAGCGACUCGUAUUCAGGAAGGUUUGGAGAAACUAUCACAAAUCUAGGAGACAUCGAUGAUGAUGGUUUUCCAGAUGUUGCUAUUGGGGCUCCACAGGAAGAAGAUCUACAGGGAGCUAUUUACAUCUACAAUGGCAGGAAGAAAGGGAUAUCUCAGUCAUAUUCCCAAAGAAUAAGUGGAUACAUAAAUGGCAAUGUCUUCAAGAUGUUUGGCCAGUCCGUGUCUGGAGGCAUUGAUGUGGAUGGCAAUGGUUACCCAGAUGUAGCAGUUGGUGCCUUUAUGUCUGAUUCUGCUGUAGUACUGAGGACACGGGUCGUGGUGAUUGUAGAGGCCGCCUUGAUUCUUCCUCCUUCUGUCAAUCGCACCAAGCUUGAGUGUGUUGAAAAUGGACAGCCCGCUGUCUGUAUGAAUAUCACUCUAUGCUUUAAGAUCAAAGGCAGGGACAUUCCAGGACACAUAGGCCUCCUGUACAAUCUGACUGCCGAUGUCCACAGAGAGGCUGGCUUUCCUUCUCGGUUUUAUUUCAUUGGAAAUGGAACCUCCAACUGCACAUCAGGAAAGGUUGAGGUGUCCCACAAUCAUGUAAACUGUGUGACUCACCAGGCCUUUAUGAGAAAAGAAAUACGUGAUAUUUUCACCCCCAUCCGUUUUGAGGCAGCGUAUCAGCUUGGAGAGCAUGUUGUGAAAAGAGACGCCCUAAGCCCAUUUCCACCGCUUCGACCCAUCCUACAACAGAGAGAAGGGGAGGCGAAUCAUGUCAGAAACAAGACACAGUUUGCCCGGUACUGUGCUUGGGAAAACUGCUCUGCCAAUUUGCAGGUUACUGCAAAGCUUGGCUUGCCACAGAUUCAUGAAAACAAGCCUUACUUUGCUCUUGGGAAUGGAAAGACUGUGAUGUUGAAUGUGACUUUAUACAAUGCAGGGGAUGAUGCAUUCCAAGCUGCUCUGCACGUCAGAUUCCCUGAAACUCUGUACUUCGUUAAAGUUUUAGACUCGGAAGAGAAAUACAUUAGCUGUGAUAUAGCAGAAGAUGAUCAGUCGGUUGUAGAGUUGGAUUGUAGUGUUGGCCAUUUAUAUAUGAACUCUUUGACAAAGACAGAUGUCACUUUCCUUCUGGAUGUGAACAAAGACAGUGUUGCAGAGGACCUCAACAUCACAAUUAAUGCAACCUGUGAAAGUGAAGAAGGAGCAGAUCUUCUGUAUGAUAAUAUUGCAACUUUAAUAUUGCCUUUGAGAUAUGGGGUUGACUUAAAUGUCCAUGGGCUUGUGUCACCCUCUUCAUUUGUAUUUGAAGAGAUGCAGAAUGAGUCUGAUUGUUUUACUCAUAAGUUUAAUUACACUUUCACCGUAGUUAAUAUUGGCGUUAGCAAGGCCCCUGGCUCUAGACUGGAGAUCAAUAUUCCUAAUUCCAUUGCACCGUGCCCAUUCAAACUGUUCAACGUUUUGGAUAUUAAGACUUCCCUUGGAGAAUGUUAUCUUCCGAACAAUACAAAAGACUGUGACAUACCAGAUACAUCACUUAUUCAGGACUUGGUGUUUUUCUUUUCAAAAACAACAACCAGGCGAUUGUACUGUACGAAGGAUGACGCUUCUUGUUUAAAUAUAUUUUGUGACUUUGGAGAAAUGGAAACCGGGAAGGAAGCCACUGUUCAGCUACAGCUGGAGCUAACCCCUUUAGUUUUGGCACUAGGUAGAACUUCCAUUUUUUAUAUUGAAACAAUAGCUGAAGCAUUUCCCAAGCAGGACACAUAUGUUAUUGAACUACAAAAAUACCAGUUUGCAAGUAUUAUUUUGGAAGCCCAUCACGAUCAGAAGCCAAUGAGGAGAGUAGAAAUAUCCAUUGUUGUAGUCAGUCUCUUUGUGGGGCUCUUUAUACUCUUGCUGCUUAUAUACUUCCUUUGGAAGGUUGGCUUUUUUAAAAGAACUUUUCAAACGAAAGAACAGGACCGUCGAAAAAGCAGUGACUACGUAAAUAAGACUAAAGAUGUCUAUUGACAACAGAACCACCAAUGGUAGAGAACAUCAGGAUAUUUAAAAAUAAGAAAAAAGACUUGUACAAACUCAAGGAAGAACAAACAAAAUAUUGUUAUAGAAUGUUUUUUCAAACCAAACAGUAUUUUUUAAAGCAGCAUUAAUACUUCAAACAAGCAUAUGUAUUUCAAAGCUAAAGGAGAACUGGUUUCUAUCAAAGAGACAGUGUUACAUGUUACUGUCAAGUACAGUAUUUUGUCAGCAGAGUUCUUUCAAAGGUGAUACAAUUGAAAGAAUGAACUCACUUUUAAUAUCGCCUUGUUUUGAAAUUACACUGAUUUUAUGAAACAUUUUUUGAAUACAUUGUCAAAUGAAAUGCACUUUAUCUUUUAACUCUGAUAAGCUGGAAUGUAUUCACUGAGUGCCUCUCUGAACCACAAUUAUACAUGUUCACAUCUGCAAAGAUACUCCAUCUAUUGUGGCCACAGACAUCUCAUUUUAUUAGUUUACAAUCGUGAGUUUUUUUAACUCGAGACAUUUACACAAGAAAAAUGUCUUGUGUAAAAUGCUUUUUUGGGUUUCCAUUCACUCAGUUUAUUUUACUCUAGUAAACCAGGCUUUUCACCCGACGUCAUGCAAAUGAAUGGGAAAGGUGGGGGUUGAUAUAUAAAUUAACUAUGCGUAAAGUACUCGUGCUGUUUUUGAAGAUUACUCAUGACGUAUUCUGAAAAUAACUGCCACACGAGUGAAUCUAAGCUGCUGUAAUAAAGCAAAAUACCCUGUGCCUGCUUGGUUAAUAAUGUGCUUUACUGCUCUUCACCAAAUUGUUUUUCAAUUUGAGGAGGCUCGUGCUGUCAGAGAUGCUCUCCUUUCUUUUCAGUUGUGUUGGAUUUACUGCCGUGUUAAAUAUUAACCACACAAUUUGAAUAGUUUGACUGAAUGCUGGCACUUAAUCAAAUGUGUGAAUUGUGUCUUAAUGAAUACGGGACUCUAACUCAGAAGCCAGAUAAUGAAUUAAUUAAUUACAAACUCCCUUACCUCUUGCUACACAGUGUUUGCAUUGCUUGGUAACUUAUCUUAAGUAAAACUCUUACAAUAAAAUUCUGGGACCUAAAAAAAAAAAAAAAAAUCCACAGUGUGCUUAUAUACAUAUUCAACAUACUGAGCAACACCAGACAAACAUGUUGAAACACAACUCAAAGCACUUUUUAUACUUUUAUAAUGAAAAUCGUAACAUUUCAUACCACUUACUGAAAAUCCAUGCAGCACAUUUUGAAAAUAACCCCCUCACGUGUACACGUUUCUUUAUAUGAAUUAUGAAAGAAUAACACACACCAAAAAAAUUACUUAAAUGUAUUAAAUACAUAUAGGCCUGUGUAAAACAGCUACCUUUGUGUUAUUCAGGAAAUCAGGCUGUCUGCAGAGUUUAUAGUGGUGCUCAAAUGGUGUUUGGCAAUAAAAAAAACAGAGUAUUAUCAAGGCUUGCAAUGGUGUACUUCAUCAGUUUAAAUAAGUGUAAAAUAUUGAUACUGUUGCUUGUGUAAUGUAAAAAUGCAUUUAUAUAAAAAAACAUGAAUUAUUACAAUACAUUGGUAUGUGUUUAUAUACACUGAUAAUGUAAUGUUCUGUGAUUUUCUUUAUUAAAGUGCUUUGUAUUUUU